AUGGAAUUAAGACGCUCGUCCAGACGCCGACCCGCGGUCAAAACCACCGAGGCUGCUGCGCUGCCUGCCAAACCAGCGAUAGCUCGCCGGUCGAGAACAAUCCGAGAAGUAGGAAAAAUCCUCCCCAAACAGCUGGCCCCCAUGGUGAGGCUUCGCAGACCGUGUUUCCGCGGUUCAGAACAGCCCUCGACACCACUUGCUAAAAAUUCACUUCGUCGCACGGUGGACCGCGAGGUCGUGCAUUCUUGUCUGGACACACUGGAACGCAUGGUUCAACAAAACCGCGGUCUUCAAGAGGAUAACACCGUCCACGAACUGUCCCAACAAUUGCACCAUUUCAUACAGGCGGUCGACAACUUAGCGGUCAAUGACGCCGCAAGCGACGCUGACUUGCUAAGCCGCAUCAAAAACGAAGCCCUGGCUCCAGAAACAGCCUCGCCUGCAUCUAAGGCUGACCUGUUGCUCACCAAGAUUCUCGUCGACGAAAAAGUCAGCGGUGCCCAGAGCCUUGCCGUUGUGGCCAAGUGGCACGGCAUCGACACGCAGGACGUGGCGGAAAUCGCUUUCACACGCGAGAACGUUAGACCCAGAGCCGAUCGCAACGCUCAGUUCCGACUCGAUCUGCAAUGCGUUAAUAAAAGAGUCAACAAAUUGCUGUCGCAAGAGCGUGACAGCUCUUUGAUGUGGCCGGAAAAGAAGAAAAAACCAUUGUUUUCAUCCUCAGUGUCGGAAACGGGUGACGCUUUUUCCAACGUCGCACUAAUGUCCUGA